CGACAACACGUGUUGGAGCCUUCUGGAAGCACACUCGCUCUUAGAGUCGUCCGAGCUUGAGCAGUGUUACCUUUGCCGGCUACACUUUUUAACUUUACUUCGCUGGUUGUGCCGCUUAGCUAUGACUGCUGUAAAAGCACUGAACCCUAAAGCGGAGGUGGCCAGAGCGCAGGCUGCCCUAGCAGUAAACAUCAGUGCUGCCCGGGGGCUUCAGGACGUGCUGAGAAGCAAUUUGGGGCCGAAGGGGACCAUGAAAAUGUUGGUGUCUGGUGCAGGAGAUAUAAAGCUGACCAAAGAUGGCAACGUUUUGUUACAUGAGAUGCAAAUUCAACACCCAACAGCAUCACUUAUUGCCAAAGUUGCAACAGCACAGGAUGACAUCACAGGAGAUGGAACCACCUCCAACGUCCUCAUCAUCGGUGAACUGUUGAAGCAGGCUGACCUCUAUGUGUCGGAGGGCCUUCACCCAAGAAUAAUUGCAGAGGGCUUUGAGGCAGCAAAAGAGAAAGCGUUGGCCGUUCUUGAGGAGGUGAAGGUCACCAGGGAAAUGGACAGAGAGACGCUCAUAAAUGUUGCUCGCACUUCCCUCAGAACCAAGGUCCACACCGAGCUGGCAGAUCUGCUCACUGAGGCUGUAGUAGAUGCUGUGCUUGCCAUCUCUAAACCUAAUGAACCCAUCGACCUGUACAUGGUGGAAAUCAUGGAGAUGAAGCAUAAGACUGACAGCGACACACAGCUGAUAAGAGGUUUAGUGUUGGAUCACGGUGCUCGACAUCCAGACAUGAAGAAGAGAGUGGAGGAUGCUUACGUUCUGACGUGCAACGUGUCCCUGGAGUAUGAAAAGACGGAGGUCAACUCUGGCUUCUUCUACAAGAGUGCUGAUGAGAGGGAAAAACUUGUGGCUGCAGAGAGGAAGUUCAUUGAGGAUCGUGUGCAAAAGAUAAUCGCUCUAAAGAAGAAGGUCUGCCCCGGUGAUGAAAAGGGUUUCGUCGUUAUUAACCAGAAGGGUAUUGACCCAUUCUCCCUUGAUGCCCUUGCCAAGGAAGGCAUUGUUGCUCUGCGCAGAGCAAAGAGGAGGAACAUGGAGAGGUUGACCCUCGCCUGUGGUGGGAUUGCCAUGAAUUCAGUUGAUGACCUCACACCCGACUGCUUGGGACAUGCCGGUCUGGUUUAUGAACACACACUAGGGGAAGAGAAAUACACCUUCAUUGAGAAGUGUGGGAACCCUCGCUCAGUCACCCUGCUGGUGAAGGGCCCCAACAAACACACCCUCACACAGAUCAAAGAUGCAGUCAGGGAUGGGCUGCGCGCUGUAAAGAACGCUAUUGAAGAUGGAAGCGUCGUGCCUGGUGCCGGUGCAUUUGAGGUUGCUGUGGCAGAUGGUCUGGUGAAACACAAGCCCAAUGUGAAAGGCAGAGCCCAGCUGGGAGUCCAGGCGUUUGCAGAUGCUCUUCUUGUCAUUCCCAAGGUUUUGGCCCAGAACUCUGGUUAUGACCCACAGGAGACUCUGCUGAAGCUGCAGAUGGAGUACAAAGAGUCUGGUCAGCUAGUCGGCGUUGACCUCAGCACAGGUGAGCCAAUGGUGGCAGGUGAAGCAGGCGUUUGGGAUAAUUACAGUGUGAAGAAACAGCUCCUCCAUUCUUGUACGGUGAUUGCCAGCAACAUCUUGUUGGUAGAUGAGAUCAUGCGAGCUGGGAUGUCGUCCCUGAAAGGUUAAAGUUCGUUGCUGUACUCACAUGGAUGGUUGUUUACCUGGCGGUUCAGUCAGUGCAAUCCUGCUCUAGACACACUGAAGCAUCCCGGCCGAUGGACAGCCUUAGAGCAAACCCUACAGCACCCAUCGCAGCAUCAGUCAGAAGUCAUCGUUCUCUUGGUCAUGUUUUGUUUUCAGGAAUUUGUCAAUGCCUCCCUCAAAACUGAUUGGUUUAUUUAUGAGAUUCUGUUAAAAGCACUGACCUUUGUCACACUUUUGUUUCUACCCAUUAAAGGUUUUCUUGGCUUCCAAAGAA